AUGAGGUGGGGGCCCCCCGUCUCAGCUCGCAGCAGCAAGCUCGCGCUGCUGCGGCAGAGGGCCCCACAGGGGCCCCUUUGCCUCUCCCUUGCUUCGGCUCGGCUGCCUAUUGCAGCACAGGGGGGGCCCCCAGGGGCCCCCUGGGGGGCCUCCCUGUGGGGGCCCCCUGGGGGCCCCCCGGGGGGCCCCCUUAGUCUGCGUUUGGGGCCCGCGAGGGGUACUGGCUGGGGCAGCAGCAGAUUCUCCUCAACACAAGUUCCCGCUGCAGGAGCUGCCAAGGCCUCAGAUAUGAAAGCUGAAGCAGCAGCAGCAGCAGCAGCAGCAGCAGCAGCAGCAGCAGCAGCAGCAGCAGCAAACAGCAAGUUGCCGCAGCAGCAGGGGAUGCAGAGCCCUGCAGGAGGUUCUGCUUCUCCUAGCGAAGCAGCAGCAGCAGCAGCAGCAGCAGGGACCCGCCGCAAAGCAGGCAAAGCAAAACGCGGCCUGAAGCUGCUGGCAGCAGCAGCAGCAGUUGCUGCAGCAGCUGCUGCUGUUGCUGCUGCUGCUGAGGAUGACAGGGCGAAGCAAAAGUCUUCGCUGCAGGCGCUGCAGCUCGUGCUGCAGCAGCAGCCCCUAGCAGGAAGAGCAGCUACUGUUGCUGCUGACAGAGCAGCAGCAGCAGCUGCUGCUGCUGCACCAGCAGCAGCAACAGCUUACGAGGCAGCAAUUGGCAAUGUCUCAGCGAAGUCAGCAGCAGACGCAGAAGCUGACGCAGUAAAGAGCGGCUCUGGAGCAGCAGCAGCAGCAGCAGCAGCAGCAGCAGCAGAAUCCGCAGCAGCAGAGGCAGCAGCAGAAGCAGAAGCAGCAGCGGAAGUAGCAGCAGCAGCAGCAGCAAAGACAGUUUUGCUGGAGACGAAGGGACAAGCCCUGCGUAGAGCUCUCUAUGCUCAGGAGCAGCAGCCGCUUGAGCAAGAGCAGCAGCAGCAGCAGCACGAGCAGCAGCAGCAGGAAGAGCAGCAGCAGCAGUACGAGCAGCAGCAGCAGCAAGAACAGCAGCAGCAGCAAGAGCAGCAAGAGCAGCAGCAGCAACAGCAGCAUCAGCAGCAAGAGCAAGAGCAAGAGCCUCAACAGGAAGAGGAAGAGCCGCGUCAGGAGCGAGAAGAGCAGGAAGCUGCAGCAGCAGCAGCAGCAGCAGCAGCAGCUGCAGCAGCAGCAGCAGCAGCAGCACCCUCAUACGAAGACUUCUUGCUGUCCCCUUCAGCAGCAGCAGCAGCAGCUGCUGCUGCUGCUGCUGGGAGCGACGCAGACACGGAGGCGUUCGCAGCAGCAGAGGCGCAGCGGCUGCGGGCGCUGCCGCAGCAGCAGCUGCAUGCGCAUGCGCUGCAGCAAAGUCUCUUAAUUAGGGUUUUGAAAGGAGACACAAAAACUCAAAAAAAAGAAAGAGAAGAACAAAUUGAAGCAGCAAAACGCGCAGCAGUGCAGCAGUUCCGGCAAGAUGCGAGGGACGCAUUUGAAGCGCAGGCUGGAGAAGAAGACCCCGUAGUCGCCUCAGUUGCUUCUUCGCUGCUGCCGCUGCUGCCUGUUCUUGACAGGGAGCCAGUGGUUUCUCCCGCUGCUGCAUUUGAGCAGCUCGAGGGCGCCCUUCGCCGCAGCGCGCGCGCAGCCUUCGUGCCCGAAGGCAGCGGCGUGCUGCUGCACUUGUUUUGCUACUUUUUGGGUUCUCUUUAUUCUGUUCUUCCUUCUCCUUUUGUUCCUUUUCCAUUUUCCGACGAAGACGCGGACAGCCCCGCGAAAGACACGCAGCAGCUGCUGCACAACCUGCAGCAGCUGCACCAGGCCCGCAUGCACACCGACAGAGCGGACCUUCCUGCUGCAGUGGGGUGUCUAGACAGCUUGAAGGGCUUUGCGCGGCGAGAAGCUGAAAAGGAAAUUAAUAAAAUAAAAUUAAGUUUGCAAGUUCACCAGGCAGUGGAUGCACUUCGCGCCAGACUGGACUGCAUUAACGCGCAGCUAGCCAGCCAAACCCUAAACCCUAGCUAA